GUACCAAUAAUAAAAUUGCUAAGAAGAAUAACCGCACUUUUCUGAUUUUCUCGUAUUUUUUAAAUUUUACUGAAAUUAUGAGUGGCCGGCUCGCGCCCAGCAAAAGCACCGUGUACUUGUCCAACUUACCUUUCGCCUUAAAAAACAACGAUCUUCAUAAAUUAUUCGAAAAAUACGGAAAAAUCGUCAAAGUGACUGUAUUAAAGGAUAGAACCACUCGCAAAAGCAAAGGCGUAGCUUUCAUCCUGUUUCAUAAAAUGGAGGACGCGAGAAGCUGCGUCCGCGGAGCUAACGACACAGAGAUGUUUGGUCGCGUUCUAAAAGCGAGUAUAGCGAAAGAUAACGGUCGAGCGACGGAAUUUAUUAGACGGAAAGAUUACCCAGACAAAACAAGGUGUUACGAAUGCGGUGAAUUGGGUCAUUUGAGCUACAAGUGCGAAGAAAAUCUACUUGGAGAAAGAGACCCGCCUCCCAAAAAAGUCAGAGUCAGAAAGAAGAAUCGAGAGAAAAGACAACUUACGGAGGAGGAAGCUCAGUACUUCAAUAGCUCAGAUGAGGAAUUGAAAGAAAUAGGCGAUGAAGAAACAUUGAGUGCAGCCAUAAAAAUGGAGCAAGCCAAGCACGAACUGGAAGAAUACAGGUUGAAGGUAGCCACGGGCUCAUAUGGUGAAAGCGCACAUGCGGAAAUAGAUACAAAGAGGAAGAUUAAGAAAAGUUCGUAUUUUAGCGACGAAGAAGAUAGCGACUAGCGGAAUUUUGUUAAUCGGAUGUGUAAUUAUCCGAAAUAUAAUUAUUAAAAACUAA